CCUGUUUGGACCUCAGUCCUGCGCUUGUUCAGUAGUGAACCACCUCCUUCCUUGUUCAAAGGGAAUGGAGGGUGUCGGGGCUUGGUCUUCGCCCGCCGUUUCCCUCGGAUCGUCAUGAGUAUUCAUUCAUUCAGUGGUUCCAACCGCGUCCACUGGUGUUGGCGCGCACAGGAGACUUCAGCCUACUGCCUGGUGGCAGGUAACCCGGCGCAUGUGCGCUGGCCAGGCGCGCCCAGUGGUGACGUCACCGCUCGUGCCUACGAUUGGCUCCGAAAAGCUGGCGCACCCAAUGACCGCGUUGCUUGGCGCGGAGGCCCUUAAAAAGUGCUUUGCCCCGCCGGCAUACAUUACUAUGCGCUGCUCAAUUUCAAGGUUUCCUGCUUAAAUGGCUUUCCUGAUGGGUUGGGGGUACAGGGCUAAUGGGAAGAUUAAAGUUUCCUUUGGUUGGGGAUCCUGGAGCUGUAGUCUCAGAUCUGACUUAAGAGGCUCGAGAGUGUCUGUAAAAUUCUGAUCCAUUCGAGUGAAGUGGCGUUGCAUUUGGAAUCGCGCGACUGUCUCCCAAUUUCAGCUCCCUGGGGCCCAUAGUCAUCACAUUAAGUCAAAGGAAAGGCGCAGCAAAGACUUCUUGAAUAAACGACCGAGUAAGGUCCAGUGGAAAUUGUCCACAAAUGCCUCUGAAACCCGCUAUACACUGGAUUUGAGCCAAAAGUAGAAGAAGUGGUCAGCUGCAGACAGUUCAGCAGUCAAAAAUCUGGUAGUGCAACUUCAGCCCCCCGGAAGGCCAGAUUUGCCAGCGUUCCUAAGGUGUCCUGUUUGCAAGAGUCUCCUUGGUUUGCAACCUUAAUCUUGUAUCCCUUAGUCCACACCACAGCCAAGUGGCCACCCACAGAGGGCUCAACCUGGACAUGGCUGAGAAACGACACGGAGCCUGGUUCGGCUUUGGUUUCUGUGGCUUUGGGCAAGCACUGGGUUCUGGGAACAGCCACCAUUCAGUGCACACUCCCGAACCACUGCAUGCCAGUGAUGAUAUUUGCCAAGUGAGCGCAGGCUGGAGCUACACUGCCCUGGUGACCCGUGGAGGCCGGGUGGAACUGUCAGGUUCUGUGAGUGGUGCAGCAGACGGCUGCAGGGACGUGUGGGCUUCGGAGGAACUCCUGGUGCUGCUGCGCAACAAGGGCAGCUCCAGCACGGAACUGCAGGCCUGGGUACCAGGUUCCGCGUUACAGGGGGAGCCCGUCUGGGUCCGGAACUUGGUUUCUGGGGCAAAGGGCCAAGGGGAAGAUGAACCCAGUAGGGAAUCUAGGAUGGGGACCCUGCCGUUGCUACCCUGCGCUCGUGCCUAUGUGACCCCUGAGCCACCCUUCUGCCAGCCUCUGGCCCCAGAGCUGCGGGUCCGCCAGCUGGAGCUGGGUGCUGAGCAUGUGUUGCUGUUGUGCGCAACUGGCCAGGUGUUCUCCUGGGGCGCGGGCAGGCAUGGACAGCUGGGCCACGGGACGCUGGAGGCAGAACUGGAGCCAAGACUGUUGGAGGCACUGCAGGGCCUGCGGAUGGCUAAGGUGGCUGCAGGUGGCUGGCACUCAGUGUGUGUGAGUGAAACGGGGGAUAUUUAUAUCUGGGGCUGGAAUGAGUCCGGGCAGCUGGCCCUGCCCACAAGGAGUGGGACAGAGAAGAAAGCAGAGAGAGAGGAAGCCACAGAAUUGAAUGAAGAUGGUCUCAAAGAGGAAUUAGCUGUGGCUGAAGUAGCUGUGGCUGAUGUUGGAGCUCCUGCCCACUUCAUAGCCAUCCAGCCCUUCCCUGCUCUUCUGGAUCUUCCCCUGGGCUCAGAUGCAGUCAUGGCCAGCUGCGGAUCCCGACACACAGCUGUGGUGACACGGACAGGAGAACUCUAUACCUGGGGCUGGGGUAAAUACGGACAGCUUGGCCACAAGGACAGCACCAGCCUGGAUCGACCCUGCUGUGUGGAAUACUUUGUAGAAAGACAACUUGAAGUAAGGGCUGUGACAUGUGGACCCUGGAAUACCUAUGUCUAUGCAAUGGAAAGAGAGAAAAGCUGAACUAUACCUCAGUGGAUCCCCACUUAUGUGCCUGGGUGAGAGAACUCUUGCUUCAACAUGCUGUCCUAGGUGCGUGGAAACCUAAGUUUUGAAACAAGGUUCACAGCGAUCUCCUCUGCCUCCUAAGUGCUGGGAUUAAAGGUGCAUGACUUCAGAAUAAGACAAAUCUUACAGGGCAUGCAUGAAAGAAUUGAAGAUAUUUGUAUGUAUGUAUGUGUAUAUAUAUAUAUAUAUAUAUAUAUGUAUGUUUAUUUCUGGAGUAGUGCCAGGCCUUCCACGUGCACCAACAGCUUAGCUAUACCCAGCCCAGAGGCUUUAAUAGCUGCAAAAUGAGAAAAUAUUCCCAAAUGAAAAAAGAGCAAAUCCAAACUAUUCUGAGACUCUUGAAACUUCUUCUAUCUCCUUUGCACUUCGCCUUUUAGUGAGUUUAAUCUAUAGAUCAAAGCAACCAUUGAUUUGAAGAAAAAACAAUGUAGUAUUUAAAAGGUAACUAUACACAUUUUAUUUUCAUAUAUUUAAAAACAACAUAUAUGUGUGUGAAGAGCAGAUCAAUGUGUUGGCAGAACUGGCACAGACAGACAGAAAGAAUAAAUAACAGUGCUUUGGGGAGAGUAGUGACGAAUUUGGAGCCACAUUGUGGGCGUGACUACAGAGAACUUGCAGAUGUGCAAAGUUGCCGACUCCAUGACAGAAAUGGCCCAGCCCACCAGACAGCCUCUCUAUGUGUGGUUGUCAUCUACAGGGUUACAGACUGGGCCUAAUGAGCACAGGGAUGGGAGACUGGAGAAAACCUCAACAGGUCA